GCUCCGGACAUAAUAUGAGUUUUAAUGUAUCUUGGCCGAAUAUGUUUUAAAGGAAUGUAAUUCGACAGUAGUAACGAUCGACUGUACACCUAUUAUGGAGCCGGCGGAUAUUAUUGCAGAAUUGAGAAGGAGCAAUGUGGUGCGGUGUGGCGGGGGCGGGGGCGGGGGCGGGGGCGGCGCGCGCGGCCGCUUCACGCUGCUGGUGCGCGGGCUGCACCGCGCGCGCCGCGACGCCUGGGGCUCCUGCGCGCUGCAUGACUUCCUACUGCAGUUGGUGCAGCAGGGCGGGUUCUGGUGCGCGGAGGAGGGCGGCGCGCAGUGGAGCCGCACCGCGCAGCCGCAGCUCGUGGCCACGGCCGACGCCAGCGCCGCCGCCGCCGCCGCCGCCGCCGCGCUCGCGCCGCGCCUCGCCGCUCUCCUGCAGACAAUCGUCUUCACUGAGCCUGACGAUGAAGAACUUGCCGAAUUAUCGAGAAAGACUAUAAUGGAAAAUAUAUCUAAAACAAUAUCCGAAAAAGAAGUGUCACAGUUGAUUGAUAACAUGUUGGCGAUGUACAAGGAGGUAGUUGAAACAUUUACUGCUCGACCACAUUAUAAAUGGAACGCGUCUCACUUGAAGAAAUGGUGUGAAGGUGUUAGAUGGUACGCAGCCUCCACUCUCACUGAAUUACAUGUGGCGAUAAAAGCAGAAGCAGACUUGAUAUUUAAAAACAGACUAGUCUCUGAUGAAGAGAAGGCGGAAUAUAACGUAAUAUUCAAGCGAUAUCUAAAGCAUGGUGACAAUGAUAGGUUAUUCUUCAAACCGCGAGUACGUAGCGACGGCGUGUAUCUAGAGGCGGUGGAAUAUGACGUGUGGUAUCAGGAUACGCAGAAACUAAUAAAUCAAUGCUUGACAGAAAGUGACGACAAUGUAUUUACUGAAAGUGGUAUCGAAGCGUGUAUAGAGCUGGCCACCCUGGGUCCCGUUAUAGCUAGAGCUUCAAGCGGCGGCGUGUGCGUGUGUGUGGGCGGGGCGGGGUGCGGGCGAGGCGCGGCCGCGGCGCUGCUGGCCGCCGCGCUGCCCGCCGCGCUCUACACCGUGCAGCACAAACAAUUCGCCACUACAUUUAAAAACGCUCUCUCGUCAGCGGGGGAGUGCACGCGCACUAUAGUGUUGGUGGAGGAGUGCGCGGCGCGCGAGGCGCUGGCGUGCGCGGAGGCGCUGCGCCGCGCCGCCUCGCUGCACGCGCUGCUCGCGCACGUCGCGCCCGCGCCCUCUCCCGCCCCGCACCACGCGCUGCAGCUGCACAAUAUAAAACAACAUUUAGCAAUUGUAAUUUUGCUAAACAAAGACCAAGAGAACUUACCAGAUUUGUUUGAGAAAUAUCCAUUCUUAUACAACGAUAGUAACAUUGUGUGGCUGGAACGUUGGUCGGAGGAUACUUUACGGCAAAUGCCCGUAUUAAUAAUACAGAGGUUAUUAAAAGAAAAUGUAUCAGAAGUUACAAAAGAAGAUAUAGACAGUGUUCCCAUAGACGGCUUCGUUAGUAUCUACAACAGUAUUGAAGCGGAGUGGCUGCGAGCGCCCUUGAGAUACGUCAACUUUGUCAAAUCAUACUACUUCAUUCUCAGUAAGAAGAAGACCGAACUCAUACAGAGGAAAACCAUACUAUCGAGCGGCGUGGAGGCGCUGCGGCGCGCGCGCGGCGAGGUGAGCGCGCUGCAGCAGCAGGCGGGCCAGCAGGAGGCGGAGCUGUCAGAGAAGCAGGCGGCCGCCAACCACGCCCUCGACCAGAUCGGCGCCACCGUGCGCGCCAACACCCACAAGAAGGAGGAGAUGCACGCCCUCAAGAAGAACAUCGAGAUUGAGAAUGAGAAGCUGCAGAUAAGAAAAAAGGAAAUUGAAGCAGAAUUAGCAUCGGUGGAGCCGGUAAUUAAAGCGGCUCAGGCAGCCGUCGGGGAUAUACGGCCGGAGGCUCUUAGCGAGGUGCGGUCGCUGCGCGCGCCGCCGGACGUGGUGCGCGACGUGCUGGAGGGCGUGCUGCGCCUCAUGGGCAUCGCCGACACCUCCUGGCACUCCAUGAAGACCUUCCUGUCCAAGCGGGGCGUCAAGGAGGACAUCAGAUGCCUGGACGCGCGGCAGGUGAGCGCGGCGAGCGUGCAGGCGGUGCGCCAGCUGGUGCAGCGGCGCGGCGCGUCCUUCGAGCCGGCGGCGGCGCGGCGUGCCAGCGCGGCCUGCGCGCCGCUCGCCGCCUGGGUGCGCGCCAACCUCGACUACGCCGCCGCUCUCGCGCGCGUCACGCCGCUGCAGCUGCAGCAGGCGCAGCUGCACCGAAACCUGCAGGAGGCGGAGGCGGAGAUGAGUGCGCUGUCGAGCGGGCUGAGCACGGUGGAGGAGCGCGUGGCGGCGCUGCAGGCGCAGCUGGGCCAGCACAGCCGCGACGCCGCCGCGCUCGAGCACAAGCUGCACGAGGCCAAGAAGACGCUGAGCACCGCACACCACCUGCUGGACCAGCUGGCCGACGAGUACGACGCCUGGGAACUCGAUCUUCAGAACAUAUCAAAGGAGCUAGUGGACGUAAGCGUGCGCUCGCUGCUGGCCGCCGCAUACGUGGUGUACCUGCCGGACUUGACGGAGCCCCAGGCCAGAGAAUACAUAAAAAAAUGGAGCGCUUUGCUUGGAUUCGAUGACGAAUCGUUCUCCGUGAUCAACUUCCUGGCUUCGGCGGAAAAGCAAUUGCGGUGGGAAGCCUUAGGCCUGCCGGUUGAUCAAACUGCGUUAAAAAAUGCCGUUCUUAUAGACCAGGCUCUGGAAGGGAACAAAUGUGGGUUGACGCCGCUGGUGCUGGACCCCGAGGGCGAGAUGGAGGCGUGGCUGCGGCGCGCGCUCGCCGACACGCCCUGCGACUUCGUGCCGCACCACAGCGACAAGCUGCCCACUGCCAUGCAGUACGCCACUCGUUUGAACCGCAUCCUAGUGAUAACAGAGGUGGAGGCGCAGCGCGCGCCCCGCGUGCCCGCGCGCCGCCGCUGGCUGCUGCUGAGCCGCGCGCCGCGCCCGCCGCACGCCGCGCACGCCCCGCACGCCCUCUCCCCGCUGCUCUGCGCCGCCACGCUACACGCACUCACUGAUCAACUAGUCCAUUAUGCCCUGCAACAACAAAACCCCGAAGUCAAUGAAAAAUCUAAAGAGAUCAAAACGAAGAAAGCCGCUUUACAAAAGCAACAAUAUGAAUUACAGGAAAACCUUCUGAAAGAGUUAUCGAAGAACGGCGACAUCCUGCACGACGCUAACGUACUGUCGUCGUUGGAGCAGACGCGCGCGACCGCCGCCACCAUCCAGUCGGCGCUGGCGGCGGCGCGCGCGCUCGAGGCGGAGUGUGCCGCCGCGCGCCACGCGCACCGCCCCGCCGCCGCGCGCGCCGCCCGCCUCGCGCUCGCGCUCGCCCGCCUCGCCGCGCGCCGCCCGCUGCUGGCGCUGCCGCCGCACACCGCACAGCGCGCCUUCGUUCACGCACUGCACCACACGGCUGCCGCCAAUAAUGUGAACAAUGUUAAAACCGACGAGAUAAUAAAGUAUAUGACGCGGCGCAUCGUGGAAAGAGUGUUGUUGAGUUUGCACAAAAAUGACAAAUACAUUGUGGUUCUAUAUAUAUUGAAGGAGGUGUACGAGGAUCUGAUGCCGGACAGUUUGUGGAAUGUGUUAAUUGGGAAUUUCAAUAUAUUGGAGGAUCAAAAUACUGUUAACGAGAUCAAAAAUAAAUACCCGUGGGUACCAGAAGAAAGUGUCAAAAAGUUGGCUCAACUGAAGGUAAACAACGAAGAUCUGUUCAGGAAGAUGUGCUUGGACAAUGAAGCGGUGUGGGCGGAGUGGUGCGGCGGCGGCGAG